CAAAUUGCUAAACUUUGAACCAAACUGCCGGCCUUAAAUGACCCCUUUCAGCCCUUUUUCAGUCGACCAAUUUAUAAUACCAGCCGUCUUCUUCUCCGCCUUCUUAUCACCACUAUGGCUCUCUCCGACGGCCUAAAUACAGAGGACUGUGACUCUUAGCCCUCUAUACGUCACCAUUAGUGGGCCUUCUCCUCUCUGCCCUUUGCCUUUUUGAGUACUCUUCUCUCCUUCCUCCCCACUUUUAAAUUUACCCUUCUCUCUUCCACUUCCCCACUCCCCUGCUCUCAUUUAUCCCUUCCUCCUCGCCCCAAAACAGCCAGCUUUUUUCAUGAUGUGGAAAUCCCUGCCUGGAGCUCUGAUCUACUACCUAAAAUGCUCUCCUUUCUUCUCCCAACCCACGGUUUUCAAAGAUCUGGAAGGCGUUUCCGACUCGCCGGAGCAACCUAAAAGAAGACCCGGUGGCUGGAAAUCCAUCCCCUACAUCAUAGGUAAUGAGACGUUCGAGAGAAUGGCGAGUUAUGGGAUCACGGCCAACUUUACGGUGUAUUUACUGAAGAGAUUUCGCAUCGAGCCGGUGGCGGCGGCUAGCAUGUCUAACAUCUUCUUAGGCACAGUUAACUUCGCGCCGCUGAUCGGAGCUUUUAUAGCCGACGCUUAUUGCGGACGUUUCCGUACGCUCGCUUAUGGCUCCAUCUCUUCUCUUCUGGGUAUGGUGGUCCUAACUUUAACGGCGGCCGUCCCCCGUGGAGUUCUACAACCAGCAAUUUCCAGAGCAAAUGCAAACAGUGGCAGGCUCCCUUUUCUAUUGCAGCCUGGCCGGCGCCGGCUAUCUCAGCAGCGUACUCAUUGCUGUCAUACAAAAGGCCACUGGCCGGAAUGGCAGGAACAGUUGGCUGGCCGGAGAUAUCAACUCCGGCCACCUCGACUACUUCUACUAUGUCAUAGCAGUUAUGGGUAUGGUGAACUUUCUUUACUUCUUAGUAUGUGCACAUUUCUACCGUUAUAAGGGGAUGCAGAAAGAAGAGAAGCUGGGUGGUGGUGGUGGUGGCCUGCAGGAGCUGGCUGAGGAAGCUUUUGUUAGGGAAAAGGAAGACAAUGGGGUGAAGGAGUAAUGAGAUUUUGAAACUUUUUAAGUUUGGAUAGAAAUAUGUUUGUCAGUAUAUAUAUAUCUUCAUGAAUCUUAAUUAUUGUGGGGGUAUGAUUGAUCAGCUAAUGUACAGACCUACUUGCCUGGCUUUUUAUCAUUUUAUUUUAUGGUUGUUUGCUUUUUUAUUUUUUGAUAUAUAUUUCUCUUCUUGAUAA